UAGUGACAAAUGCACCUAAAUAUCGUAAAAAUACACGAAUCGAUUACUACUACGUGUAGUUUCAGUUUAACAUGUAUCUUAUCGGUUGCAAAGUGCACUGUAACGGAGUUACUUUAUUCAUUAAGUGAAUGAAGUAAACAAUGGAACAUCUACCGCCAUUCAGGAAACCUAAUGGACCAGUUACAUUCGUACUACAGCAACGCACCAAAACUCACGAUAGUAGAUCUAUAGAUAUAAGCGAAAAUGCCAUGGAACCCCCAAAGGACACGAUAGAGGAACCUCCAAAUGACAAGCUUCGCAAAAUAGGAGAUGCAUCGGCUAGAGCCUCGGAAUAUUACCAAAGUUGCCAUCAAGAAAAGGCUUUGAAAUGCUAUAAAGAAGCUUUUGGCUUAUCUAAAGAUAUAAGUGAUGAUGAAGUACAGAGAAGCUGUGCGGGUAAUGUUGGAUCUGCAUAUAUUGCCGUAGGUGAGUAUAAAAAAGCAUUAAACUAUCUACAUAAAGCAAUGCCACAAAAUGACCAAAUGGUUGAUUGUGUAUCAGCUGAUCUGUAUUACAACAUGGGGCUUUGUCAUGAAAACAUGGGAAGGAAGGAAGAAGCACUGAUGAAUUUUCAGAAAGCCCAUGAAAUAUACGAACAAGAUGGGAGUGACAAUAUUGGGAUGAGGAUAAGAUGUUUAGAAAAGUGCAAGGAGUUAUUAAAUAUCUUAAAACAUUUCCCUGAAGCAGCCAAAGUCAGUAAGCAAUUAGUAGAUAUUGUAAGCGAUCAAGAUAGGAUUGAAAAGGCAGAACAACUCUGUGAAACAGCUGCAGCUCUUAGACUUGCAGGUUCAAAUUCAGACGCAAUAAAGGUAGCUAACGAGUGUAAGGAAAUGCUGAUAACAAGCACAACACAAGGAAGGCCUUAUUCUAUGUUUGCAGGAAAGGUUCUGAACGAUCUUGGAAUAGUUCUCACACAGUUGCACGAAUAUGAAACGGCGCUCACCUGUUUCAAGAAAGCAGUUGAACACAUACGGAAUAGUCAUGAAAGCGACUUUUGUAUUGAAGCUACUGUUUUACAAAACAUCGGUGCUUUGUACAAUUUUAAAGAUGAGUACAGAAGAUCAAUAGAAUUUCAUAAAGAAGCUGUCGAAAAACAUGCAUUGUUGCAGAACAGAAACGGGCAAGGACAAUGCUUUGCUAAUCUUGCAUUUGCUCAUGCCAAACUUGGUGAGUCGAAAGAAGCUGAAAUAGCAUUUCAGCAUGCCCUCCAAGCAUCGAAGGAGACAGGUGACAGGAUAACGAAAUGGCAUGCUUUGGAAGGUCUCGGAGCCAUUUUUUAUAAUAAAGGAGAUAAACCACGGGCUUUCGAAUAUUUCACAAAGGCCCUACAAAACGUUGAAGAAAACAAUCCAGCUUGUGAGAGGAUAAGGAAGAAAUUAUGGCAACUAUAUCAUCUCGAUAGAGGAAUACCUGACCAGCGGCAUACCCUUGAUGAACAAAUCACUGCAUUGGAGUCGUCUUCCGAAGAUUCAAGUACUGAUUCGGAUGAUGGUGAUGGUGAUGAUGACGAGAAGGAGGAGAAAGAGGAGUGAAGCAGAUAGUAAAUGUAGAAUAAUUAAAUGGUAUGACAAAGUGAUCGAAACUAACAAAUUUAAAUCUAAUUCUCAUUCAUAAUUUUCCUUAAAACAAUGUAAAUUUUACAUUCCAAUCUGUGAUUAUUGUAAAGCUUUAAACAGAAUUGUCUAGAUUUUGUAUGUUUAAAAAUAAAAUUUGCAUCGCAUUAUGACAAGCAUCCAAAUUUAAGGAGAAUGAGCCAGAUUCAAAAAGGAGUAAUAAAAGUCAUUAUAUAUACUAAUAACCAGCUUUAUGGCAAUUAGCAAGUAAAAUGUGUGAAAGUUG